AUGAUUAGAGUUGUGUCUAAUAUAAGUUGUCCGGCGCAUCCACACGUGGAAAAUUUAAAAGCAAUUAAACCAAACUGCACAUCUGUUUUACAACCAAUGGACCAGGACGUUAUUAAUUCUCUUAAAACCCAUUACCGCAGAAUGCAGAUUUUAGAAACAAUUAGGCAUUUAGAACUGGAGAAAGAGAGUGCUGUAACGCUCUUGGACGCCAUUCUUAUGAUUUCUGAUGCAUGGGAAAAUGUAUCUCCUAAAACAAUUGCCAAUUGUUUUCGGCAUGCUGGAUUUAGUAUAAAAAACGAAGAGACAAUACAAGUUGAAAGUGAUUUUGAUGAAGAAGACGACAUUCCUUUGGCUCGAUUGAUUAAUAAUGUAACUACUAUUACAGUGUCCAACGAAGACUUCCUAGAAUUAGUGAAUGUCGAUCAUAAUUUAGAAACUUGUGGUGACAUAAGUGAAGAGGACAUUGUAAAAAACUUGUCAGAAGACCUUAGAGAAGAUUUGGAAGAAAAUGAUGAUGAAGACGUUGAUGAUCAAGUGCCAUCAUGUGCGGAAGCCCUUCAAGCGGUUUCUAUUAUAAAAAAAUUCGUUACUUUGGAAGGUUUAAAAGAUAGUAAACUAUUGAGCUGUAUUUCUACACUAGACACUAAACUGGCAGAACUCAAGUCAAACUCAAGACAGGCUCAAGCCCAAGUCAGGUCCGACCUGUGCUCAAGUUCGACUUAUCAAAGAUAG